AUGACUUCCAGGCUUCUAGAGACUGGCAGCACCCCGGUCAUUCGCAACACUGCAGCCCAGCAACUGGCCGAUGUCCAGAAACAACAUCCAGAUGAACUGUUCAACCUCUUGGGCCGCAUCCUCCCGUACCUGCGGUCUAAGUCAUGGGAUACGCGCACUGCCGCUGCCAAAGCAAUUGGCCUGGUUGCGGCUAAUGCCGAAUGCUUUGAUCCAAACCAGGAUGACGGCCUGACGAUCAAGAAACCAGAGGAAGACGAAGAAGAUGACCAUGUUGAAAUCAAAUCUGAAAUUAAACCUGAGGAUUCUCCGUCUGCCUCGGAGGGCGUGCUGCGCUUAGAGACUCUAGACAUCGGGUCCGUUUUGAAAUUCGGCAGGAAAUUGCUUGGUAGCGCAGGUAGGGAAUAUGAGUACACUAUUGCUGGCAUGGAUCCAGCAUCAAGACUGGAACAGCAGAAGAAAACCCUGACAGCGCGUCUUGGACUGGCCGGGGAAUAUCUUGAAAAUGACUUGCUUGACGAGAAUGACUUUGCUUCCCGUUCCGAGUCAAUAUCAAAAAAUGCUAAGCCAGUUCCGAUUUUAUCUCGCCAUAACAGUACAUUUAAUGGGACGGCUUCAAAAGAGCAGCCUAACGGCGAGGAUUCCGGUCUCAGCAAACGCCAAUUAAACCAGUUGAAGCGCAAGAACAAACAGAAUGCAAGGAAUAGUGCCAACAAAGUCCGAGUCGUCGAUCUUUCCUCUCGAAAGCCUUCAGACAGCAUGGCGACACCUUCUAUUACAACUCCGUACCCGGUCAAGUCAGAAGCCGGAGAUGAUGAGAGUGAAAAGAAAACAGACUAUUUUUCGCUUGACCGUCAAGGCGCCGAUGAUGACAGCAAAGUGGUUUCUGAAUUCAAAGGGCCCACCAUUCCUGAAAGGCCGAUGAUUCAGACUGAAGCUGAGGAACAAGGCGAGGAAUGGCCUUAUGAACGCAUGUGCGAUUUUCUCAUGGCAGAUCUUUUUGACCCAAAUUGGGAAAUACGACACGGAGCUGCAAUGGGUCUCAGGGAAGUCGUACGUGUUCAAGGUUCUGGUGCUGGUCGUCUUCUGUCCAAGUCCAGAGCCGAAAACGAUCUUCGUAAUCGGCAGUGGCUUGAUGACCUAGCUUGUCGCUUACUAUGCGUGUUCAUGCUUGACCGCUUUGGCGAUUAUAUAUCCGACAACGUGGUUGCUCCUAUUCGAGAAACCGUUGGUCAGACUUUAGGUGCUGUUCUCUCUCACCUACCCUCAAAAUCUGUCGUUCAGGUUUACCGAACUCUACAUCGUGUCAUCAUGCUAAGAGAUCUCGGACUUGAGAGGCCCAUUUGGGAAGUCUGCCAUGGCGGUAUGAUCGGCUUGAGAUAUUUGGUAGCCGUUCGAAAGGAAUUGUUGAUCAAAGAUGCUACAAUCAUGGAUGGCGUUCUUGAAGCAGUCAUGAAAGGAUUAGCAGACUUCGAUGACGAUGUGCGAGCUGUCAGCGCCGCAACCUUGAUACCCAUCGCCGAGGAACUCAUUACCUCACGCCAGGGCUCCCUGAGCGCUCUUAUUAACAUCGUGUGGGACUGUUUGUCGAAUCUACAAGACGAUCUUAGUGCUAGCACCGGGUCCGUUAUGGACUUGUUGGCGAAAUUGUGCUCGUUCCCUCAGGUCUUAGAGGCGAUGAAAGCUAAUGCUACUGAUGACCCUGAACAGUCUUUCGCUAAUCUUGUGCCACGUCUGUAUCCAUUCCUGCGACACACGAUUACCAGUGUUCGACUGGCAGCUCUCCGGGCCCUCACAACAUUUUUACGCCUCGAGGAUACGGAUUCAAACGCGUGGGUUGAUGGAAAAGCUAUGCGUUUAAUAUUCCAGAAUAUUCUGGUUGAGCGAAAUGAAGGCGUCCUCAAACUUUCACUCGAAGUUUGGUAUGAUUUGGUGAAGGCUCUUGAUGCUCGCAAUCUUUUCACAGCAGAGGCCCUAGGCUCGCAAGUCCAGCCUUUGAUCACUCUGGCUAUGGGUCCAUUUGGAGUACCUCGUUAUCCCAUCCCAAUGAAUGCCUCCUUGUUCAUCAAGCCCUCGGGCAUCGCAUAUGCAUUUGCUCAACCCCAGACUCCAGGCAGAAAGUCCAGCCCCCCAACUGCAUCAGAAUCCGGCAGAGGUCGGCGUAGGAAGUCCGAAAAGAAGGAAUUGCCGCCUUCAUCUGCACAUAACGUUGACGGCCAUAUGCUUCAAGGAGACAUUGAUUUAGUUGGUUUGGAUACUAUGAUACGGUCUAAAAUAUUCGCAGCACAAGCUCUCGGACAGUUCCUGUUUAUCUGGGACUCCAAGAAUUUGCCCAGCUUGUGGCAAUCUAUUCUGGAAGGACUUAAUUGGCCAGGGUCUUCCUCUCAACUGGCAGCCGCAAUGGUUAUAGAGGAAUACGCUAAGCGAGCCGGACCCAGUGGAAAAUAUACGUCCUCGCUUUGCGAUAGCCUACGACCGAUUGUCGAGGUCGAUCGCCCGGGUUGGUACAGUGAUAUCGUGUCUUACCUGCAGAUCACACGAGCACAAUGCCAUUCACUUCUUAAUGCCUUUAGAGACCACGCACACGUCCCAUCCGGACGGCUACCGACAUUGGCGGUUGUUGUUCAGGGAGACCCUGAGGCUGGACCUAAUGCAUUUUCCAUAGCUGACGCCGAGAAAGUUGUUGGCCCCGAUUUUGAGCGUCUCAAGAAGAGUUUGACUCCAGCGCAACGUAUUACUGCGCUUCAGGUUCUAAACGACACUCGGUCCAGUGCGGAGUCUGCCAUUGAAGAGGCGAAAAAUAUCAAAGAACAGAGAGAUAUGCGUAUUCGUGCUGCGACAGCCGGGGCUCUUGUUGCUCUACAUGAAAUUCCCAAGAAGCCGAGCCAUAUCAUCAAAGGUAUGAUGGAUAGUAUCAAGAAGGAGGACAAUGGAGAAUUGCAACAGCGAUCAGCCUCGGCCAUCGUCAAUCUCAUUGAUUAUUACACUACGGCGACCAAGAGAGGACCGGUUGACAAGGUAAUUGGCAACUUAGUCAAAUAUUGCUGUGUAGAUACAUCCGAAACACCAGAAUUCCACCACAAUGCUCAUCUUGAGAAAGCGAUUUUAUCUCUCAGGAAGGAGGAAGAUCGCAGAGAACAUGUUGAUGCAGCGAAAUUCGAGAGAGAAGCUCGGGAGGCUAGAAUCAUGCGACGGGGUGCUAAAGAGGCUCUUGAGCAAUUAGCCACCAAGUUUGGGUGCGAACUGUUGGAAAAGAUUCCGAACCUCGCUGCUCUCAUUGAAAAGCCACUGCGCGAGGCCCUUACUGGUGAUUUGCCGGCUAAUAUUCGAGAUUCUGAUAACGAACUCGGUCAAGAAGCUGUGGAUGGUCUAUCGACUCUUAGAGCUCUUAUGCCAAAAUUCCACCCCGGCCUUUAUCCCUGGGUCAUCGAUCUCAUGCCUGUCAUCGCAAAAUCCUUGCAAUGUGAGCUAUCUGUCAUUCGUUACGCGGCUGCUAAAUGCUUUGCUACAAUCUGCAGCGUGAUCACUGUUGAAGGAAUGACUAUGCUAGUCGAAAAGGUACUUCCUACCGUCAAUAAUGCAUUGGAUGUACACCACCGUCAAGGUGCUGUCGAAUGCGUCUAUCAUCUCAUACAUGUGAUGGAAGAGGGAAUUCUGCCCUAUGUUAUUUUCCUCAUCGUUCCAGUGCUUGGACGUAUGAGUGACUCCGAUAACGAUGUGCGACUUCUAGCUACCACUUCGUUUGCGACACUCGUCAAACUUGUUCCCCUUGAAGCAGGUAUUCCGGAUCCUCCGGGUCUGUCAGAGGAGCUUUUGAAAGGACGUGAUCGUGAGAGAAAGUUCAUGUCUCAGAUGCUGGACAUUCGGAAGGUAGAGCCCUUUGAAAUUCCCGUUGCUAUCAAAGCGGAGUUACGGUCAUAUCAACAAGAGGGAGUUAACUGGCUGGCUUUCCUCAACCGAUACCACCUGCAUGGCAUUCUCUGUGACGACAUGGGUCUCGGGAAAACGCUACAAACGCUUUGUAUUGUAGCAAGUGAUCACCACAUGCGAGCAGAGGAAUUCGCUCGUACGCAGGCGCCGGAUGUCCGCAAGUUGCCGUCGCUAAUUGUCUGCCCGCCUACGCUAUCGGGCCAUUGGCAACAAGAAAUCAAGCAAUAUGCCCCAUUCCUCACUUGUGUAGCUUAUGUCGGACCACCAGCAGUACGUUCACAACUACGGGGUGAGCUAGAAAAAGCAGAUAUUGUCAUUACAUCAUAUGAUAUUUGCCGGAACGAUACCCAGGUAUUCACGCCUAUUAGUUGGAAUUACUGCGUAUUGGACGAAGGGCAUCUCAUUAAGAACCCUAAAGCGAAGAUUACUUUGGCCGUGAAGCAACUCAUCAGCAAUCAUCGUCUCAUUUUAUCCGGUACUCCUAUUCAGAACAACGUGUUGGAACUCUGGUCCCUCUUUGAUUUCUUGAUGCCAGGCUUUUUGGGUACUGAGAAGGUCUUUUUAGAUCGUUUCGCCAAGCCCAUUGCGGCAAGCCGUUUCAGCAAAUCAUCGUCGAAAGAGCAAGAGGCAGGUGCCCUGGCAAUCGAGGCUCUCCAUAAGCAGGUUCUUCCAUUUUUGUUGCGUCGUUUGAAGGAGGAGGUUUUGAACGACCUGCCGCCCAAGAUUUUGCAAAACUAUUAUUGCGACCCAAGUGAUUUGCAACGAAAGCUAUUUGAAGACUUCACUAAGAAAGAACAAAAGGAUCUUGCACAGAAGAUGGGCAGUACUGAUAAGUCCGCUAAAGAGCACAUCUUCCAGGCACUUCAGUACAUGCGCCGUCUUUGCAAUUCCCCUGCCUUGGUAAUCAAAGAAGGUCACAAGCAAUACGAUGACGUCCAGAAGAUGUUGAGCACAAAGAACUCUCAUAUCAGAGAUGUUGCUCAUGCUCCCAAAUUGGCAGCUUUACGAGACUUGUUGGUCGAUUGCGGCAUUGGCGUGGAUCCUAAUACGGAAGGAGAAUUAGAUACAGGAGCGAGCUACGUCAGUCCUCACCGAGCACUUAUUUUCUGUCAAAUGAAAGAGAUGCUUGAUAUAGUGCAAGAGGAUGUGCUUAAAAAAAUGCUUCCUUCUGUUCAGUAUCUCAGACUGGAUGGAAGUGUUGAGGCAACGAAGCGUCAGAAUAUCGUCAACCAGUUCAACACCGACCCUAGCUACGAUGUCUUGCUACUCACCACCAGUGUAGGUGGAUUAGGUCUGAAUCUUACUGGUGCUGACACGGUCAUUUUUGUCGAGCAUGAUUGGAAUCCUCAGAAGGACAUUCAAGCCAUGGACCGCGCUCAUCGUAUUGGUCAGAAGAAGGUGGUUAAUGUUUACCGUCUGAUCACAAGGGGUACUUUAGAAGAGAAGAUCUUGAAUCUCCAACGAUUCAAGAUCGACGUAGCAUCGACGGUAGUCAACCAACAAAACGCAGGCCUCAACACUAUGGACACGGACCAAUUACUCGACCUCUUCAACCUCGGCGAAACUGCAGAAGGCGCAGAAAAGCCUGGAGGACAAGAAGGUGCGGCUGGCAAUGAAGUUGACAUGGUCGAUAUCGAUGGCGAGGUUAAAGAAAAGGGCAAGAAGGGAUGGUUAGACGAUCUAGGCGAGUUAUGGGACGAUCGUCAAUAUCAGGAAGAGUACAAUUUGGACUCGUUCCUGGCUACUAUGAAGGGAUGA